GAUAGUGAGCUCCAGUGCUGCUCUCCGGCCCUUUAAGAAGCAGUUCCUCCCACUGGUUCCAGGGGGCGGAUGAUCUUUGUGUUGCUGUUCUUCUCUGUAGCUUGCAGCGGAGCAGCAGCGCAUUAGGGGCUUUGGCAGUGCUGGAUCGCGCGGGUUGCGGGACGCAACGUCCGGCUCCGACAUGGAAGAGGGCUCAUGGAGGUUUAUUGGGGAAAACCGUGUUAGGACUCAUUCGUGCUGAUUUGCAGCGGGACGGCUGUGGAGGUAUGGUUUGAUGGUUUGAGGACACUUUCGCGCACGUUCAGCCCUUCUGAUCGCUUUCAAUCCGCGAUUUUAAAAGGCGGCAGCUGCGUUCUGAAACAAAGUAACAUUCGCAUUAUGAUGUAACGUUACAGUGUAACAUAUUCGCAGCGCGACGUCGUGCAACAAUGUAACAAAUUCGACCGUCCGCUCCGUUCCAUUCUUGAUGCUUUUGAACCACGGAAGCUUCAUUAAACGAGUCGAAUGGGGGCAUUUUCGCUCGUUUUGUCGUUUAUUUAACUCUUAAAACUAAGAUUCAUAAAACGAAUCCUUCUGUGUGCUGAAAGUGGCCAUGAGCGCAUUUGUAAAUAUUCCUAAAAAUCUCACAUCAAUUCGAUUCCUUAAGUGUCCCGCAUUGAAAUGUGGACUCUAGAAGUGACCCAUUAAUGGCAUGCACGAGGGCACUGCUGCUGCUGUGUUCAGAAAAGCCGUCCAUACAUCAUUCAUUUGAAGGAGUCCAGGAAAUAUGGCAGAGGAGAUAGAUAAGCCCUUGGCUGUGGACGUCGACAUAGACCCUGAUUUCGAGCCCCAAAAAAGGCCAAGGUCCUGCACCUGGCCUCUGCCCAGACCAGAGUCCAAUGCCGGGAAAGCAGAACCAGCAGAGGUGGGAAUCAUUCCUGAGGAAGAGGUGGAUGAAAAUGGCACUGAUGAUGCUUGUGCAUUUAGUGGCAUUACAAGCGCAUCAAAGCCUGUCAGUGUGAUAGAAGGAAACCAGGCUGUUGCUGCUGCUGCUGCUCCUGCCAUAGAAACCAGUGCUGCUGUCAGUGAUAAAGACUCCUACGGCUCUUCCCAACAUGCUCUGCCCGCAUGCAACGACUCCAGCAUCAACGGUCUGAUUCUUCAGCAGCCCAGAAAAUCCUCUGCACGCAGGAACGCCUGGGGAAACUAUUCCUACGCGGACCUCAUCACUCAAGCCAUCGAGAGCUCGCCCGAGAAACGACUGACAUUGGCCCAGAUUUAUGAUUGGAUGGUCCGGAAUGUGCCAUACUUCAAGGACAAAGGUGACAGCAACAGCUCUGCAGGAUGGAAGAACUCAAUACGACAUAACCUGUCACUCCACAGUCGCUUUGUCCGGGUCCAGAAUGAAGGAACAGGAAAAAGUUCAUGGUGGAUGGUUAACCCUGAUGGUGGAAAAGGGGGUAAAGCUCCACGGAGACGUGCUGUUUCAAUGGACAACAGUAAUAAGCUCAUCAAGAGCGCCCGUGGCCGUGCCGCAAAGAAGAAAGCCGCUCUUCAGGCCACUCAGGAGGGAAGCUCCGAGAGUUCCUCCAGCCUGUCCAAAUGGACCGGCAGCCCGACUUCCCGCAGUAGCGACGAGCUAGACGCUUGGACGGAUUUCCGUUCCCGCACUAACUCUAAUGCCAGCACCCUAAGCGGACGCCUUUCCCCAAUUCUUGCCAACCUUGAGUUGGAUGAAGUUCCCGAUGACGACUCCCCCCUGUCGCCCAUGCUGUACUCAAGCCCUAGUAGUAUGUCUCCGUCCACUGGACUGACCGAACUACCCCGUCUAGCUGAUCUCGCAGGAACCAUGAACCUCAAUGAUGGCCUCUCUGACAACCUAAUGGACGACCUUCUAGAUAACAUUAGCCUGACGGCUUCCCAGUCUCCAGGCCAAGACAAAAGUGGGGCCAACCUACAGGGAAGCCCUGUGUUUACCUUCAGCUGCUCUGGGAGCAGUCUGGCAAUUCCCUCUGGCAGCUAUGGCACCAACUCCAUGUUUAGCCCUCCAUCCGUCACUGGCCUGAGGCAAUCUCCAAUGCAAACGAUCCAGGAAAACAAGCAAGCCACGUUCUCCUGCGGUUCCCUCUUUAGCGAUCAGAGUCUGCAGGACUUGUUCAACUCCGAGUCCAACAGUCGCAGUGAUGUCCUUCUUACCCAAUCUGAUCCGCUUAUGUCGCAAGCCAGUGCCUCCCUUUCCUCCCAGAAUGCCCGUCGCAGUGUCCUGUUGUUGCAUAAUGACCCUAUGAUGUCCAACCAGGCUGGGCCUGUAGGACAAGUGGGGCUCAAGAAGGUGUCGCCAUCUGGAUGGCGGAUGAACUGUGUCUCGAGCAGUGAGUCAGACUACCAAAGCUUGAUGAAGCAACAUCUCCAACAGUCUCCCUUCAGAAGCACAUCUAUGCAGCUCAACUCCUCCGAUUCGUUAUUGGCAGGUCUCAACGGCAGCGGGACCUCCGUUCAGUUGGUGUCUCAGGACCAAUUCCCAUCUGACUUGGAUCUCGAGGCGUUAAGUGGCAGUUUCGAUUGCGACAUGGACGCCAUCACCCGCAACGAUCUGAUGGAUGCUGAGGGCCUGGAGUUCAGCUUCGAUUCGCAUCUCAUCUCCUCUCAGAAUGCUAAUCUGACUUCAGGGAACUUCUCCAGUGCCAAACGAACCUCCUCCCAAAGCUGGGUGCCAGGUUGAUCCAGCCAGGCCCAGGAAUGUAGGGAAGGGUCAGAACACCGCAUUUGAGCCAACUGUCCACUGUAAAGCAACUGUACAUUAUGCUGUAGAAAAGCUAUUUGACAUCUAUUAGAAUGAGUCAAUGUCAAUGAUUUACCCAGUCGGUGUUGUAGUUUUGUGGCUGUGUGUUUUGUAUCGUCAUGAUUGAGGCUGGUUUGAUGGACGUUGUGAAGAGUUUCAACAAAUUCAACCUUGAAGUGCUUGCAGGUUAAGGUAUUGAACUCAGCUGCUGGAAUACGGUAAGUGAAGUACUGUAGAGAGUAGGUUGUUUAUACGUAUAUGAUGGCUUGGCCAACAGUACUUCCCUUAGUUCAUCUAGAAUACAAAAUCCGAAAGCAUUUAGAAGUGUGGAAAGUGUUGAGUCAGUUUGAAAGUCAAGCAGAAAUCUUGAAUACUCAUUAGUAAAGUGGUCCCUACAACAAGUGGAGCACCGUCGAGAGAAGGUUGUCUAUAUAUAAAGGUUUGGGCAGCUGUUCUUCCUCUAGUCCACUUAGAAUAUAAAAUCCCCAAAACCCACCAUUGCGUACAAGGGUGCCUACACACUAGAGAAAGCUCUUUUGAAAUAAUUUGGGAGUGUGGAAGUCAGUUUGAAAACCAAGUGAGAACUUGGUUUCUCAAGAAGUGAUUGGUCAACUGGUACCUACGACAAGUGGAUGAUUGUAGAGUGAAGGUUGUCUAUAUAUGAAGGCAUGGACAAUUGAACUUUCCUUGGUUCGUCUAGAAUAGAAACAUUUCCAAAACCCACCACUGUGUACAAGGGUGCCUAUACACUAGAGAAAGCUCUCAUGAAAGCAAUUGGGAAUGUGGAAAGAGUCGCUCAGUCAGAACACCAACUGAGAAUCUUGAAUUCUUAUUGGUCAGCUGGUACCUAUAUGGAGGAUCAUAUGGGGCUUUUCCACUGCGUGGUACUACUCGGCUCGGCUCGGCUCGCGUUUCCACCGCAGUUUAGUA